AUGAAAGGUAACUGGAAAGCUGCUAAAGACUUUUUCGACAAACAUGAAGAGCUUGUACGGUUUAGCAUCAAUAGAAACUAUGAAACAACACUUCACAUUACAACAUAUGAAGGAAACACCUUGUUCGUGAAAAACCUUGUGACUUUGAUGGAAAAUAAGGAUAUGGAGCUUCAGAAUAGCAGUUCCAACACUGCUCUAAGUUUAGCAGUUGUAGCUAGACAUAUGGAAAUGGCUGAAAUUAUGGUGACCAAGAAUAAGACCCUGUUGGAUAUUGCUGGUAGCGAAGGAAAGAUGCCACUUUAUAUGGCGGCUUUAUCUGGAAAUCAUGAUAUCGUGAAGUAUGUGUAUGAAAAUUCUGAAAGAAUGACCGGUGGGUUUUGGACACAUGAGAGUCGGGGUUGUGUUCUUUUAUCAUGUGUUGUGGAGGAGCUAUUUGGUAAGCAUUUUGGUAAUUCUGCAUAUAUAGUACUUUUGCUCAUUGUUAUUUUUCUUACUUCCAACUGGUAA